AUGGUAACCACCCGAAGUAGAACCGGGAACUCGAGUACGAAGAAGUCUGGGGCUGCGACCUCGUCUAAGGCGAAGUCUGGGGCCGGAAGGGCCGCAGCGCAACUGAAGAGGGCCACGCGUUCGAAGAAGAGUCAACCCACGUCAACGAAAGAGACGCAGCAGUCGAAGAUCGGGAAGAACUGGAAGUGGCAACACAGCGCUGAGAAGAAGCUUCCUAAGAAGGACUGGUCUAAGGAAACCGACAUCGAAGUUCUGCGAGCUAAAGUCAUCGAGCUGGAGGCUAUUGUGCUCGAAAGGAACCAGAUGAUCAAGUAUAUGGAGAAGGACAAUCAACGCUACGACGCCGGAUAUAGGCCGUGGGAGGAGUGGUACGGCGACGAGGAAGAUUGCCCUCCUGAUUCGGACGAUUGGUCGGACUAG